GCUUUUAUUUAUAGUUGUAUUUUUGUUUGCUAAAAUAACAUUAAAAAAUGAAAAUGGUAGUAAAUUGAACAUUGCUUUUUAUUUUUAAUUAAAAUAAUAUUAAAUUUUAGUAUUUUAGCGUUUGGGAGAUUUAGUUUAGCGUUUGAGAGAUUUAGCGCUCUUAGGAUGUGUUAAGUAGGUUAUGUUUUGAUUACCGCCAAAGACAACAAUAAUGAACGAAGAAGACGGUUUUGAUUUAUCCCAAAAAGCCCGCAGUUUAACAACAAAGAUAAGUUCUUUUAAAAAUUGUAAGGAACCAGGACUCAUUCUCGAACACGUUAAAGAAGCAAUUGAAGAUUUAGUUCUUUGUACGAUUUCAGAAGCAGAAGAUAUCUUAAAACAUGUGGCACCAGUUAUAAGAGAGACAGUACAAGAGAUUUAUGCAAAAAACAAUUUGCUCGUAGAGUCAAAUGAUGAGCAUGUUCUGGACGCAAUCAAGUCUAAUAUUCAGGUGGCGUUACAUUUUAUUGAUAUUUGCUACCAAGUUCUGGACCACGUAACGAAGUAUAACACUAUUAAUUUUAAAGAGAUUUCAAGUCUUCCUACAAAUAUAGCUCAAAUAAUAAGUUCAACAUUUGGUCAUUGCAAAUACAGUCAGGCCACAUAUAGUGCUUUUUACAAGUGUGUAAGCGAAAUUGUGGACGUGUUUAGGAAAACCCAGGAGCUACAUACCAAAUUUUUAAAUUUUUUAGAUCGUCAUCUGACUUUCGAUUUUUUAAACGAAAACGAUGUUUCAGCGUACACAGAGAUUUUAGACGUCAUUCUCGAAAUCAGCAAAACUCUACUAGGGGUUAAUAUGAAAUCAAUGUCAGAUAAUUGGAAGACUUUUGUAGUUUUGGCACAAAGACACACAAAAAAUGUAUCACCCGCUAUCCAAUUACUGACUGGGGAAAUUGAUAACAAUUUGAAAAUCAUUUCAGAAUUGGAAAUUGGUGACUCGAAUAAGGCAAUUCAGCUUUUCAAAAUCACUGGAUUUUUGGUUAAAGUCGUUUUGAAGUUGUUCGAGUGCGAAUUUGAUAUUUUGGAAUGUUACGAUGAGGUUUUGAGGUUUUGGCUUAUGAUUUACAGUUGGCAUGCCUGUAAAUUCUCAGAAGAAUUUUUUGAGUCUUAUAACACGAUAGCAACAUUGUGCACAGAAUCGUUGCUAAACUUUAUACUUCAUUAUAACGUUUUUUUAAAGAAAUUUAGUACAGUUAUAGAGAAAGAGGACGUAAUCACUAAAAACAGUUUCGGCGUUCUUAUAUUUGCAACAAUUUUGAUCAAAGAGCUACACUUUCAGAAAAUUUUAGAUGAACAUGAAAUUGUUUCGCUCAUCAGCUUAAUAUUCAAUUUGACUAAAAAUUGUUUUGAGGAGUACUUUUUCGAUAAUUCGAAUUUUUACGAGGAAUUAAUUACAAGUGUUGCAAUUGCAAUUUUAUUGUUUCCUAAUGUUUAUCUAGAAUUGGAAAAACUGCUGCUGGAAUGUGUUCUACAGGAAAAAAUUUGGACAACUUUAAUUGCGACAGAUGUCUGGUGUUUAGUUUUGAGACAUUCCUCUGAAGGAACAUGCCGUUCAGUUUUCCGAGUUUUAAUAAAUCAAAUGUUAGAACUUGAAUUUUAUUCUAGUACGAUUAUAGUUCAUCUUAAAGUUUUUACUCAACGCAUCUUUAAAAUGUUACCGGUGGACAUCCAAAUCGAAGAGUUGGUCAAAUAUGAUCCGAAUAAUAUUUCAGUCUGGAAAAUCAUAAGUACAAGAAAUAUUCCACUGUCUCAUAGAUAUUAUAUCGAAUUUAUUUUGAGUGAUUUGGACAAGACGUCUCAAAUGAAUAAAGAGUAUUAUUCGGUCAAUGAUUUUAUGUUUUUGAUGGAAACACUUGAUGUUGUUUCUUAUACAAACUUCCAUCUUCUUGAGAUAAAUGCAGAAAGAUUGGUUCCGAUGUUAAUGAAAUUGUGGUCUUUUGAUUUGUCUGAGGUUUCACCUGGAAAUAAAUCUCUCAGUUUUUUUAUCCAAAAAUUAUUAAAAAUAACUACAGUAGUAGGUGAAGAAUUAACUGUGGAAAAUUUAAUUUUGAUAUUAAACCAUUUAAAACCGGCAGUAAACGAUUUCCUUGUUCAACUACUUAUCUGUGAUUUUCUACGGUCGAUUUCUGGUCGAAAUUUUAAUAGCUCCCUUAAAAAAGUCUCACUUUUUUCGUUAAUAAUAGACGUAUUUCUCACACUUGUUGGAAGUAAAAAUGCUGUCGUUGUUCAAACAGCGUUGGAGUGUUUUACUGAAUUCUCUAAUAAGGAAAAUUACGGAUGUGUGAUACAAAAGGUGUCCACAAGUUCAGAAUUUGUGAAAAAAUUGGUCAAUGAUUAUGUGCAAAGAAGUUCUGUGAAUAAGUAUGAUUUGAAGUACUUUCAACGUAUUCGUAAUAAUAAUAACAUAUUUCGACACCAUGGUUUUUGUCUCGACACCUUUGAAGAACCAAGUUGUAAAAAAAUUAAACUUGAAAGUGACCUUAUUAUCGAAUGUUUGAAAAAUGAUACGGAAAAGUUGAUCAAAAUGCAGUUAAAUUCGACGCAAAUGACUGAAAUUAGAAGGGUUGAACAAAAGUUGCAAACGUUACUUAAAUGAUUUUGUGUUUAUUUCUGUGCUUAAUAAAGUCUUAUUACUACACAA